UCCCUGAUUGGUCAACUGUGCGGAAGCAGCUUGUGGCGCCGUAAACAACGAGAGGUUUGGCUCAACUGUCUAAAAAGUCUUCGUAUAAAAACAUUUGAAACUUACCCAAACAAAAAAACAUACGUUUGGAAGGUGCGUCCAUGUUUAACAUACUAAAUUACACUCAGUUCUCUUAAUGGUGUUGCACAGAUGCUCGUUUUGGCUAAUUUUUUAGUAACUUUUGCUAACUCGACGGAGAAGUUCGCUUGCAGAAAUGCAGUGUGUCGUGACGGGAGGAAACGUGAAAGUGCUGGCUAAAGCCAUCCAUUCCCUGUCUCGCAUCGGUGAGGAGCUGUACGUGGAGCCCCAGAAGGACGGGGUAAGCUGCUGUGCUACUGUCAGAAACACCAUCACUUCCUCCUGCCAUCUGGCGCUGCGGUCUGUGAACUCUUCUCGGUCGGCAUAUGCGUGCUUCCUGUUCGCACCACUCUUCUUUAGCAGGUACUCCAUUCCCAACGGGAAAGACUUCCGCUGCAAGAUAGCAAUAAAGAGUGUACAGUCUGUAUUCAGAUCUGUGGCAACUCUUGAGAAAACAGUGGAGAAGUGUCACAUUGAGCUGGAUGAGGAGAACGACCGCCUCACCUUCACCCUCCACUGCAAACAUGGCCUUUUAAAGACACACAACCUGUCUUACCAGGACAGUGAAAGUCUACAGGCAAUGUUUGAUAAGGACGCCUGUACCACUAAUUUCAGAGUGAAUCCCAGGGUGCUGGUGGACACAGUCGCACACUUCCCUCCGUCUCUGGAAGAAGUGACUGUGACGGUGAGCGAUGAGCGGAUGUGGGUGAGAAACUAUGUGGAGGAUGAAACAGAGCGUUCCAAAGCCAUGCUGACAGAGCUGUGUCUGGCCUCUGAUGAGUUUGAUCAUUUUGUCGUCAAGGCUCAUAACAGCUUCACGUUUUGUUUGAAAGAGCUUCGGGGUUUGCUUGUGUUUGCAGAGUCCAACAAUCUUCCUGUUUCCAUGUACUUUAAAGAGCCAGGAUGUCCCGUGGUGCUGUCAGUGACAGACAGUGUUAUGGAGGGAAACUUUGUGCUGGCUACAUUAUCGGACGGUUCCAGCCCUCCUAAAAACAAAAGCAAAGGAGCACACACACAGCAAUCCCUCCCUCCCGAUGACUUCAUGAACGAUGACAUGGACUCCUACCUAAUUGCCAUGGACACCAGUGUUGCAUCCUCAGCUGCUGAGCCGCCUGCAUCAACACUAACCGACCCCUGUACCUCGAAACUCCCUGAAGCCAAUCACAAGACAAGAACGCACAGUGAGGAGGAGGAGGAGGAGGAGGUGGCGGAUGGUCCUGACAGACCACCCAACAAAAAGUUCCGAUCCCUCUUCUUUGGAUCCGUGCUUCCUCCGUCCCCCCAGAUGAGUACACAACCUGUGACGACUCAGGAAGUGCUGGCCAGUGACAGUGAGGAUGAGUCUUGAGCGGGGUGACAGUCAGAGUCACAGGUAGAGGGGAUGCCAAAGUCUACGACCUGAGGACUUCUUACAGUAAAAAAAGGGACAUUUUGGACUGUGCAGUUCCUCUUUAUUGCCUGCUGUGAUCUUACAUAGACCCUGUUUGUUACUGAGAGGCCAGCAGCGUUCUUGCUGGACUCAAUCUGGGAUCACAUAGAGCUGAAAAUGAAGCACUUCAGUUUAUUUAUUUAUUUUUUUGGUUUGCAAUAUGUCCAAUGUGUAAUGCAGAAGCAGGAUGUCAAGUCCCGCCAAAUAAAACAUUCUAUUUUUCAAGUAAA